AUGUCCGAGAACCAGCCGAACGCCAACAACCACCACCCGGCCAACAACACCGGGGGCGGCGGGGCUGCCGCGGGGAACAACCGGGGCAUCCGCAAUCCCAACCUCAACCAGAACCCCUUGAUCAAUGUGCGUGAUCGCCUCUUCCACGCGCUCUUCUUCAAGAUGGCAGUGACCUACGCUCGCCUCUUCCCGCCCUCCUUCCGCCGCGUCUUCGAAUUCUUUGUCCUCCUCAAGGCUCUCUUCGUGCUCUUCAUCCUGGCUUACAUCCACAUCGCCUUCUCCCGCUCGCCCAUUAACUGCCUGGAGCACGUGCGAGACAAAUGGCCCCGCGACGGCAUCUUGCGGGUGGAAAUCCAGCGCAACUCGAGCCGAGCCCCCAUCUUCCUGCAGUUCUGUGGGGUUGAGAAGUUCCCAGGAAUGGUGGUUGAAUCCACAGCGGAGGAAGAGGAGGAGGAAGAGGAGGAAAUGACUGUGGAUAUGUUUGAAAACAGCUCUAUCAAGUUUGAGCUGGAUAUCGAGCCCAGGGUGUUACUCAAGCCAUCCCGGGUGAGCAGCACCGAGGCGCUGACCCACAACGAAAGCCAGGAGUUCUCGUUUAGCGAAGCAGCCGCUAAAGGUAUGCAGCCUCUGCGGGAGACUGUGUCCGAGUUUGAGAUGCUAGCCAGAGCAGUGUGGCCGCAGGAGGAGUACAUCGUGGAGUACUCGCUGGAGUACGGGUUCCUGCGCCUCUCACAGAGCACGCGGCAGCGCCUCAGCAUCCCGGUCAUGGUGGUGACACUGGAUCCAACCAGGGAUCAGUGCUUUGGGGACAGGUUCAGUCGCCUGUUGCUGGAUGAAUUCCUGGGUUACGAUGACAUCCUGAUGUCAAGUGUCAAAGCUUUAGCUGAAAAUGAAGAAAACAAAGGUUUCCUCCGCAAUGUGGUGUCUGGGGAGCACUACCGCUUCGUCAGCAUGUGGAUGGCCAGGACUUCCUACCUGGCAGCCUUUGUCAUCAUGGUCAUAUUUACUCUCUCUGUCUCGAUGCUGUUGCGCUACUCACACCACCAGAUCUUUGUCUUCAUCGUUGACCUGUUGCAGAUGCUAGAGAUGAACAUGACCAUUGCGUUCCCUGCGGCUCCGCUCCUCACUGUCAUUCUGGCUCUAGUAGGCAUGGAGGCCAUCAUGUCCGAGUUCUUCAACGACACCACAACUGCCUUCUACAUCAUCCUCAUCGUCUGGCUGGCUGACCAGUACGACGCCAUCUGCUGCCACACCAACACGAGCAAGAGGCACUGGCUCAGGUUCUUCUAUCUGUACCACUUUGCUUUCUACGCCUACCACUACCGGUUCAACGGGCAGUACAGCAGCCUGGCGCUCGUCACCUCAUGGCUCUUCAUCCAGCACUCCAUGAUUUACUUCUUCCACCACUACGAGCUGCCGGCCAUCCUGCAGCAGAUCCGGAUCCAGGAGAUGCUGCUGCAGAACCAGCAGGUGGGCCAGGGCACGCAGACCACGCUCCAGGACAACCUCAACAACAACACUACAGCUGCCCCCGUCGACGGGGUGGGCCGCCGGCCCCACCUGCCUGCUGGCCCCUCAGCUGAGAGUGGUGGCCCGGCCACCCUGACUCCUGGCGAGGCCUCCAGUGUUCUCGCCGCCGCCACGGCGGCUUCUGUCGGGAGCGACCUGAACUGGGUAGCCGAGACGGCCGCCAUCGUCACAGAAGCCUCGUUUCUCUCCGACCUGAGCACGACCCUGCUGGAGCCAGCCGCGGUGCACGAAGCCGUGGCCAACGGUGGCCCUCAGGAUGCCGCCGCCGCCUCCGGUUUGGUUGCCCGCAUCAGGGUCAGCAGUGACCACCCGCAGACGGCCGUGGGCUCCAUCACCAUCGAGGUCACUUCAGCCUCUGUGGUGGCUGCAGCAGAAGCCCCCCACGCUGCAGAGCCCCCGGUCCCGCUACCAGAGGUGGCCACCGGCCCCAGCCUGUCCCCCCCUGAGCAGACUGAGCACCCCCCGGGCUCCCAGGGCCGUGCAGAUGCCAGCGGCAAGGACUGCACCAGCAUGGCAGAGCCCCCCCCCGCCCCCCCGGGGUCGGACGGAUGCUCGGAGGGGGCUCUGGGGGGCCGGGGGCAGAGCAGCCCCUGCCCUGCGCCGGUGGAGAGUGACAGCACGCCCAGGUCCAGGCCUUGCCCGGAGCCGGACUCGAGGAGCCUGUCCUGAGCCCCUGCCCGGGCCGUCCCCACUGCCGGCAAGCGCUUGGAUUCCGUUUGUUACUGAUUCUCACUUCACCAUCAUCCUUAACCCACCACGUCCUCCUCGGGGGGCUAGGGCAGAGGGAAGGGGCUGCAAGGCCACCGCAGGGGAGGGACGAGGCGCUCGCCCCCC